AGACCCAAAGAUAAAAGGGCCACCUCCUAUCACAACUACCAAAUGCCCCCUCUCCUUCCUCCUUUACUCCAUUUCCAUAAAACUCAUUCAAUCUUAUAUUCAUCCUCAAAACCAGAAACAGAGAUAGAGAGAACAAACUGAAUAAAACCUCUUCUUCUUCUUCUUCUUCUUCUUCUUCUUCUUCUAUCUCUUCACUCUUCUUAGCUAUUUAGCUAUGAGAGUUCCUGUUUCCAAUCAUCAAUCAUCCUUACCUUCUUCUACUCCUAAACUCCCCUCCUCCCCCUCUACCAUCUCCUUCCACACUCCUACCACCACCUCCCCCACCGUCAUCGCCACAACCUGUUACGAACCCACCUCCGUCCUCGAUCUCCGCCGCAGCCCUAGCCCGGUGGCGCACGACAACCCCCACUCCUCCAUCGAUGACGCCCACGACAACCCUCCUCUAGAUUGGGAUGAACAUACACUUCAGAAUUUGGACUGGGACUCCAUCAUGGGCGAUUUGGGCUUACAAGAUGACUCCAAUUCUGCUCUCAAAAACAACAUCACUACCACCACCAACAAUAAUCAUCUUCAUCAUCUUCCUCAUUUCCCUGAAUUUCUCCAUUCCCACUCCUUGGAUCAAACCCCCCACCUUCUUCCCCCUGAUUUCUUCCUCUCCGAACCCUUUUCCACCCUCCAAACCUUCAAUUCCUUCAAUUUGAGCCCCAAUUCCAAUAACCCAUCUCUUGAUUUCCUCGAAGAUAUUGUCGCUGCUGCCGAUUGCUUCGAUUCCAACGAUUUCCAACUCGCUCAAGUGAUAUUGGAGCGGCUCAAUCAACGCCUUCAAUCCUCCUCCUCCACUAACCCCCUUCACCGGGCCGCUUUCUUCUUCAAAGACGCUCUUCAAUCUCUCCUCUCUCCCUCUCCCAACCGCCAUAAUCGCCUCUCUUCUUGGCCCGAUAUCGUCCAUACUAUCAAAGCCUACAAGGCCUUCUCUGUAAUUUCUCCCAUUCCCAUGUUCUCUCACUUCACUACCAAUCAAGCGCUUCUUGAAGCUCUCAACGCUUCCUCAAUCAUUCAUAUCAUCGAUUUCGAUAUAGGAUUUGGAGGGCAGUACGCUUCUUUCAUGAAGGAGAUUGUGGAUAAAGCAGAAUCCAGGAAUGUCGUUCCGCCGGUGCUUCGGAUUACCGCCAUCGUGCCUGAGGAAUUCGCGAUCGAGAGUAGGUUGAUUAGAGAGAAUCUCUGCCAGUUCGCUCAGGAUUUGAAAAUUCGAUUUCAUAUAGAUCUCGUUCCGCUUCGAACUUUUCAGACGUUGUCUUUCAAAUCGGUGAAAUUCAUGGAAGGGGAGAAGGCAGCGAUUCUGUUGACUCCGACCAUCUUCUGUCGUCUUGGGAGUAUAAAUAGCGUAGCCUCUUUUCUCGCCGACGUGCGGCGGGUGUCGCCGUGCGUUGUUGUGUUCGUCGACGGCGAAGGGUGGUCGGACUGCGGCGCAACGUCGUUCAAGAGGAAUUUGGUGGACAGUCUAGAGUUUUACGCACUGAUGUUGGAGUCGAUAGACGCGGCGGGGGCGAGCUGUGAGUGGGUGCGGAAGAUUGAAACGUUCGUAGUCCGGCCGAAGAUAUUGGCGGCGGUGGAAGGGGCGGGGAGAAUGGCGGCGCCGCCGUGGAGGGAGGUGUUCCACGGGGCCGGGAUGAAACCGGUGGGGCUGAGCCAGUUUGCGGAUUUUCAAGCGGAGUGCUUACUUGGCAAAGUACAGGUUCGAGGGUUCCAAAUAGGCAAACGACAUGCUGAGUUAGUGCUGUGCUGGCAUGAGAGGCCUCUAGUCGCCACGUCGGCAUGGAGGUGCUAACUGUUUAGAAUUAAGAAAGAUUCAGCCUAUGAAAUUUUAUUAUAAUCAUCACAAAAUUGGGUUUACUAUACUAUAUAUAUAUAGGGACGUACAUAAAAUCGUAUGUAUCCCUCUUGGAAUUAAUAUAAAUUCCCUUUUGUUUCUUCUAACUACUCCUUAAUAACUACUUCAUGUAUAUUUGAAGUAUAUAUUUUUUUUAUAUUUAAUGGUA